AUGCUCCUCCGCACCAGCACCUCAGGCCUGCUAUCUCGCCGCUUCGUUUCCCCGAGUCCGUUCGUCUCUCGGCUUCCAGUCCAGCGUAGAAUGGCUUCUUCGACGACGUCGAAUACUCCGAUGGAGGAUACGAUUCGUGAGAAGCUCACGACCGCCUUCUCGCCCACCUCCCUAAUCAUCCGCAACGACUCGCACAAGCACGCGCAUCACGCACCAAUGAUCGGAUCGACCUCGAAGGAGACGCAUUUCCAUGUAACAAUAACGUCCCCCCAAUUCCAAUCAAAAAUGCAACCCGCCCGACACCGGCUCGUCUACGGCCUCUUGAAAGAAGAAAUGAGUCGCGAAGGAGGAAUCCACGCAUUGCAGUUGAAGACAAAGACGCCAGAGGAGGAGGAGAGGGAGAAGAAGAGGCUGCAAGAACAAGAAUAA